UGGGUCGUUUUUAUGAGGUGUUGAUGGUGAAAUUUGGGUACAGUUCCCUUCUACGCGUUUUGUUCACGUACAACCAAACAGGCAUGCAAUUUUUUUUUCAUUUUUUUUUUUUUACAUUUUAAACAAAGUAACGUUUUAAAGCGGAAAAAGCUAAUACAGUACAGUAUUAGGCUACCAGGAAUAGUUAGAACAGAAAAUACUUUGUUAAAUUGACAAAUGUGCCACGCGUGAAAUGGUGAAAUUAAGCAACAUUGAUUCAUUUAACGUUAAAAUGGAAAGUAAAGCCGGUUAAAGGUUUUAAACAUAAGCUAAAGUAGGCCUAUGAUACAGUGCACAGUAGUUUGCCAAACAGUGUACUUUAGUACAGUAAGUACGUACAGUAUUUCUUUCUUGAAUUUGAUUGCUGCAAUUCACAAUCUUUGCCUCUCGGAGAAUAAACGUUAAUUUACGCAAUUGUUCAGCGCUGAGCUCUAGCCAUGCCAGUAGAUAUUUCGUUUGUUUUGUUUAUUUAUUUAUUUGGCGAAAGGAUUUCUCAAUUUGGGAAAUGUUAAAUAUAAGAAAAAAAAGAUGGCUAUUUUUACAACCAACGACAAACACCCCCCUAACCGUCAGAUGCCAUUGCAGACAUCAUCUGGUUAACAACGAUUUCUUUCCCCCCACUUCUUAAUGUUAAGUCUCAUGAAACUAGAACUACGGGUGCUUAUGGAAUGUGUGUAUAGGAGGUCCCGCCUUGCUGUUCGGCCCAUCCCCGUCGUGUAUAAAAGUUCGCGCAGGGUCUGGCUUAACUGCAGUACGGCGCAGGAACAUGUUAAUGAGUUUUAUCCUCCUGUUGAGAAAAGUCAGAGCAGUUUUGUGGACCCCCCACAGAGCAACCAAACCAGGCUGAUGGUGAAGGAACCAUCUCUAUCCAUCAAUGAACUUUUGGAGAAGAGCAGCACGAAUAGAGAGUCCAAAUUCUCCCUUCAUCCUUUACCGUCUGCCAUCUGGCCAAAGCACAGCGACCUGGCACCCGUCCCUCGCCACCAUGGUCCCCACAACAAGAGCAAGCGGGGCCCCAAAAGCGAGCACCUGCUGGAGCUGAGUACAGAUAAAACCAGAGGAGAAGUGGGCGGUUUGCUUCCCAAACCUUCUCUGACGGCAUCGACUGCUGCGGCCGCCGACCGCACGGCUCAGACCGGCAUCGGAACCCUUCAGCCCACUGAAGCGGAGGGCCAUCCCAACUCUAGACCGAGGAAUGCUCCUCACCCACAGCCUGCUCCGGGACCUUCUCCUCGCAGAGACCCCCUCAACAGACGUCUGGACCCAGAGGAGAAUCGUCCGGGGAAAGCGGGCCUCUUCCAUACUGGUACUGCUGCGGCACCGCCUCGGAACACCAGCCGGCCGCCUGUCAUCUUCAACCGGCGAUCCUCCAGCCUCUUGUACCAGUUUGACAUUCUCAGACGAGAGUCCGACCUCACCCAUGAUGCUUUCUGCCUGAAUGAGUGCAGGAAGGAGAAAGAUGAGAAGGAUUACUACUGCUAUACAGAGUUUGCAGUCAACGGGGUUGUCCACGACAUUGACGUGGUGCGUAAAGGGAUACGUCUCAUUACUCUGAUGGUGAGCAGCGACGGGUUCUACAAGAUGAGUCGCCUCUAUGCCACACCUGACAGCUUCUUCUUCAAAGUACGCCUUCUGGUCCUGGACACGUACAAGUGCAGUAAACCCUGUCCUGAUAUCAAACUGGGAACCAGAUACAUUGUUAUGGGCCAAAUCUACCAUCGGAGGCGUCAUCUUCCGAAUGACCUUCUGAACCUGCUUGGGGGCCAACUAAAACCAGGUGAUGGCAUUCUCAGGAGCAACAACUACGUGAAAAGGUUCAACAAACGGAAGCACCAGAAUGUCUUGGAGGCUACCCGCUCCAAGUGUCGGUGAACCCAAACACGCCCCCUACAUCUGCUUGAAAGGGAAGAAACUUUGAAUCUUACGUGAAAUGCUUCUAAAUAACCCCUGAGUAUUAUACACCGGAAGGUAAAGAGGGAGCACAAGUAGUGUUUAGCCAGCUUGCCUCUCAGUCGAGAGGUUGUGGGUUCCAAUCUCGGAUGUGGCCUUCCUGUGUGGAGUUUGAAUGGUCUCUCCAUGCAUGCAUGGAUUUUCUCAGAGUACUCCAACUUACUCCCACAUUCCAAAAACAUGCACGUUUGGCUCAUUGAAGACUCUAAAUAGACCAGUUCAAGGUGUACCCCCUGCUGGAAUUGGCUCCAGCUCAAACCUUGACCCUGAGAACAAGCCCUAUAGAAAAUGGAUGGAGGGAAGAAGGAAGACUCAAGUGAAUGCAUUCACUUUCCCAUGGACCACCAUGAUGUAGAGUGCAACAAUCCAUCUUUCUAUAACUAAAAAUAACCAACGUGCUUCUCCUUUACAGAUCAUUUUUCAACGGUUCAACAGUUUUGUACAAUGUACAGCAUUAGUUGAGGAGCCAAUCAGCCCUAAAUAACUGAUAUUUCUACAUACUUGACCUCCUUGUUUAUUCAUGUCUGGCACAUGAAUCAUCAAUUGUUUCACAUCAAAAGGGAACUCUCGGACUGAGUUCAACAUGUAAUCCACAUACGUAUUCAUAUUAGGAAGCUUCUAUAGUUAUGUAACGCUUUAAAAUUGCUAUGAACACAAAACAUGUAAUUGGGGUUAUUGGUGAGCAGGAAAUGCACUAUUGAUGUUACAAGCACUACAAAAGAAGCAUUCAAUAAAUUCACUACAAGUACCCACAUACACUACCCCCUGAUUUUAGAAAAUUGCUAAGUUUUGUUCAUUUAGUCCACAUAUUUUUAUGCCAAAUUUACAUAUACAAAUGAUGCCUUGGAUUUGGUACUUUGCUUAAGGGCACCAGGGGAGUCUGGACAUCCCUCCAUCAACCCGUCCCAAUUUCCAUGCUGUGAUGCACCACUUCAAGAUUCCCAAAUCGAUUUACUGCCCUUGUUCAAAAUAAAAGUACAGUAUUGGACUGGGGAGGCAUUAUGUUUAUUGGUUCCUGUCUGAUCCUGCUUUUCAUGAGAGGGCUGAUCAUUUGCACUGAAUAUUGCAUAUAAGUACAUAAAGUUAAUAAAAUCCAUUGUUUUGUACUCUCUGAUGGCACAAGAAAUAUGUUUUGUACCAUCUGUUUCUUACUGGGGCGGCUCCAGCCUUAUUCCAGGAGAGAAUACUGGCCCUGUGAAUGUUUUCUGCUGGUCUGCUUGGUUCCCAGGCUGUGGAAGAAGCAUCUAUCUGAGACCAGCGCUGGAGGGUUGGUGUUGUG